UCUGUAAAUUCAGGUCACACUCAGGCUCGGCUGAUGAACGGCUCAGAUUCCUGUUCUGGUCGAGUGGAGCUCCAGUACCUCAGUUCUUCUCUGGCGUCUCAUGAGGGUGUAGUGAGAUUGUCUGGAGGGAUGGAGUGUGAGGGGGAGGUGGAGGUGUUCUUCAGGCAGGACUGGAGGAGAGUUCUGCUGGACUCCUGGAGUGAGUCUGAGGCCUCUGUGGUCUGCAGACAACUGGGCUGUGGUUCUGUACUCAACACCUCCAGCUCCUCUUCAUCCAGUCCUGAACACAGCUACAUGUGUGUGACGGGUUUCAACUGCUCUGGGAGUGAAGCUCAUCUGAGGAACUGCAGCAGCUCACAAGCAGUUAACUGCAGCUCCACAGUACAGCUCUACAUCACCUGCUCUGGUACAUCUAACACAGUCCACAGCUCCAUCAGGCUGGUUGGUUCUGGGGGAGACUGUGCAGGAAAGCUGGAGGUUUUCCACAGUGGAUCAUGGGGGACAGUGAGUGAUGAAUUGUGGGAUAUUGAGGAUGCGCAGGUGGUCUGCAGACAGCUGCAGUGUGGAGUCGCCCUCAGUGCUCCAGUACCAGUACCAGCCCGGUUUGGAUCUGGAACUGGACCCAUUUGGCUGAAUGAGGUGGAGUGUGAGGGGAACGAGGCGUCUCUGUGGAACUGCAGAUAUCAGCUGUGUGGAGAGGAUGAAUGUGGACACAAGGAUGAUGUAGGAGUCGUGUGCUCAGAGUAUAAAGAGAUCAGACUGACUGAGGGCUGUGAGGGGAAUCUGGAGGUGUACUAUAAUGGAACCUGGGGGAAUGUGUGUGUAAAUGGGAUGACUGAUGAAACGGCAAAAUUGAUCUGUCGAGAGCUGAACUGUGGAAGAACUGGCAGUGAGUCUUGGUCUAAAGCAAGAGUGGAAUCAGCUCCUAACUGGCUGGAUAAUGUAAAAUGUAGGAAACAUGACUCCACUCUGUGGCACUGUCCAUCUUCUUCCUGGGGGGAGAACAGGUGUGAUAAUCGCAAUGAGGUUGCUUGCAUUACCUGCUCAGAGAAUGGAAAUACACUAGAUUUGACAAUUUGGCUGUGUGAUUCAUCUCCUCAUGAGAGACCGUGCUCAAAGCACAUUCCUCUGAGGCUGAGGGGAGGAGUAGGAAGCUGUUCUGGAUGGCUGCAGGUGUAUCAUAAUAAAACAUGGGGGUCUGUAUGUGGUGACCUCUGGGACAUCAGGGAUGCUCAGGUAGUCUGCAGGCAGCUGGGUUGUGGGCCGGCGCUGAGUGCUAAUAGAAGAGCUGCUGAUGGUUCUGGUGGAGGAACUAUCUGGAUGAACAGAGUGAAGUGUAGAGGGAAUGAGAUUCACCUGUGGGACUGUCCUCAUUCCCUGAAGAACCACACUGACUGCUCCCAUAGUGCUGGAGUCACUUGUGGAGAUUCUCAACCACAGACAAGAAGAAUCAUACUUCCACAAACUCCUCCAGCAGCUGUUCCCUCCAUCUAUCCAGUGUCUCUCCUGGUUCUGGGAUAUGUGCUCUUCCUGGCCUUAGUGCUUCUGGUUGUGCUGUUUUAUCAGAACAGAGUGCUCAGGAGAGUGAUCUCUAAGAGGAGGAAGACUUCAGCUGAGCCUGUCUAUGAGGAGGUUGACACCAGGCUCAUCCCUAAAAGAAUUACUGUCUCAACUGAAACCUCCUUCUGCUGAUCUUCCUCUUUCGGGUGGGGAUGGAGACGGUGGAGAGGGUGGUGAGCUUCCUGAGGGCUUUGAGGAUAGUUAUCCUGGUGCGUGUCUUUCGUCUGGCCUCUCAGAAGAAAGAUCUGGAGAAGGUCACUAGAAGAAAGGUAUCUGAGAACAAAAGGCGGUAACAAAAAGGAUGGAUUUGAUUUGGAUCUCACCUAUGUCACAGGCACUCUACAGAAAUCCCAUAAAAGAAGCUGCCAUAUUUCUGGACACAAAGCAUCCCGAUCAUUACAGAGUUUACAAUCUCUGCAGUCAAAAAGGCUACGAUCCACUGUUCUUCCAUUACAGAGUGCAACGAGUGACGAUUGACGACCAUAACGUACCGUCAUUAGACCAACCCACUCGUUAGGACUCCCCCUAUCACUAGUAAUGCCCCAACACACCAGGAGGAUGAAGACUAGCACACUCUUUCUCCGAUACAUGUGAAGUCAGCCACCGCUUCUUUUCGAGCUGCUGCUGAUGCAGCAUUGCCAAGGAGCCAGCACAUUUGGAGGAAAGCGCAGCGGCAGGUGAAGUGCGUAAUAUGGACAGUGUGCACUUUGCACUUGUGCAACUUUUUUUAAAAACAGUUUGAUUUGUUUCUGCUAUAUUUUGAUUCAUAGCUUUAUAUAAAAUGAAAAUAACUUUCUUUAGCCCGAGGAACCUGAGGAAAGUGGUGGGAAAUCUCGAGCCAGGUCAGACCUUGGGUUGGGUUUGGGCAGAGAACCUAAGCUCUUAUUCACAUAUUGAACUUUGUGUUAUUGUGUUCUCAGUGACAUGUUGAACUACACUGCCAGUUUGAGGGAAUGUCAUUGCCAUCAAAUUCAGAAGGUGAACCACAUGACUCCUCAGAGGUGCAGAGCUUCUCUCAGCUUAAGGCAAGUGAUUGUGUAGCAUAGCCUGUUGCCUACAUACAGCUCUGAAAAAAAUAGAGACCACUUAAAAAUGAUCAAUUUCUUUGAUUUUACCAAUUUUUACCAAAUUGAAUAUAAUCAAGAGGAAGAUGGAUGAUCACAAGCCAUCAAACAACAAACAAAGCUGAACUGCAUCUUUUUUUGGUAUUUCAGCUGUUUAUAAUUUUCUGCAAAUAAAUGCUCUAAAUUAAAAUAUUUUUAUUUGGAAUUUGGGAGAAAUGUUGUCCAUAGUUUAUAAAAUAAAACAGCAAUAUUCAUUUUACUUAAACAUAUACCUAUAAAUUGCAAAAUCUGAGAAACUUGAUUCAGAAACUAAAGUGGUCUCUUUAUUUUUUUCCAGAGCUGUUUGUUAUGAACAUGUUACUGUAUUUCUGUAUUUAUUGUAAGUUGGUUAUAAUAUUCUUAUCACAUGUUUUUGAUGGGGAAUGCAAUACGUAAAAUGAUUAGCUGCUCCCACCUGAGUCAUUUAAGCAAAGAAUACUGUAUUUUCCUGAUGUCAUGAAGAAAAAAUGCAUUACUCCAUAGAUAAAGCUAAUCGCUUCACAAUAGGGUUUAGUUUGGGAGU